AUGGCACCCUCCGGAGGGAUCAGCAUUCCCGCUCACGAUAAUGUGAGCAACGGCGCUCCCGCCGACGACCAGAACUGGAACGGGAACGACCGUCGCUCCCCUCCCAGGGACUCUCGGGACCGUGAAAGGGAUAGAGAUAGGGAAAGGAACGGUGACCCUCCUAGGAGGUCCAGCAGGAGUCGCAGCCCUGCUCGCGGUGGCGAGGAUCGUGAACGUGCCAGCCGCAGCGAAAAUGGCGGUCAGAACCCUGGCAACAACUUGCACGUCUCCGGUCUGAGCCACCGAGUUGACUCAAGGGACCUCGAGACUGCUUUCGCAAAGAUUGGUAGGGUUCAGAAAGCUUCUGUUAUGUAUGACCCUCAUACCAGAGAGUCUCGUGGCUUUGGUUUCGUUACAAUGGAAACUACUGAGGAAGCAGAGGCUGCCAUUUCUUCUUUGAAUGGUACCGAGUUGAUGGGCAAGAUCAUCACAAUCGAAAAGGCUCGUCGUGGUCGCGCUCGUACCCCGACACCUGGUCGAUACUACGGCCCCCCUAAGCGUUACGAUUAUGAGAGACCCUAUGACCCUCGUCCUUAUGACAGUCGCUACCGUGACUAUGAUGAUCGACGAGACAGACGUCGCUACGAUGACUAUCGUCGCGAUGAUUACAGGCACAGAGAUUAUGACAGGGACCGUGAGCGUGACCGCUACCGUGAUGACAGGCGCUACGACGACAGGCGAUACUAAGUCGUACACAAGUACUGACCCUCCCAAAAGUGUUGUGGACAAUCUGGGUAUGAGUGUGGCUUUGAGUUCUUUUCCGUAGUUAUCUGGUGUAUAGUUUACGUGCUGUUAAAUUGUGCCUAAUGCAAACCAUAUUUAUUUAUUGACC